UAGUUAUGGGCAUAAUUUUAAUUGGUCAAAACCAGGAAUAUUAUAUAAAGAAGUCGUAACACGUAAACGCGAGAUUGUGGAAACAUUUUUUAUUAAAAAACACAAUUAUAUACAAUUAAUUUACAAACAGACAGUGAGAAUUUGACCAAUAUUUAUGACAGACUUAUUAAAUCCACGUAGUUUGUUAUGUUAUUUAUUUUAUUUUAACGCAUUUGACUUUGUUUUCGUUGACUGUUGUCGUUGUGAUUAUAUCUCAUUAUCUUUUGUACCGUUAUUAGUUCAACAUCUUACCAUGCAUAUAUUAUGUUUCUGAUAUUAUUUGACAAUUUAUAUAAUUUUUAUGACACACAUUAUGUAAAUAUUAUUAUUAGUUUAUAUGAUAUUGUGACACUUUCUUAUAUUACAUAGUUUGUUAUCCAGUCUUUUAAAUAAUACAUCUGAACAUAUUUCAUAGGCUCUAAUGCGUUUAAUGUAAAGUUCUUAAAAUUGCACUUGAAAAGGACCCAAACUUGAGGUCAAAACGUAGUGCUCAUAUUGAAAAUACAUCUGGCCAGUUACAGUCAAAAAAUUAAAUUGUUUUAUUUCUGUUAAUUUUGUUUAAAUUCAAUUUCAAUUUACAUACAAAUAGAAAAUUGUAAAAUAUAUUUUCACACUUUACGUCUUUGUAUUUGCAUAUGUAUUGAACAAACAUUUGUGUCGCAAAAUAUAUAAAAUUGUAUUUUAUGACCGUCAACUCAUACAUGCAAAGUGAAAAUCUUUAAAUGCAUGCCCAUGCUUCUGCUUCGCGUUAGACUUUGAGCAAUCUGUACAACGUACACUUGCUUUUGUUCAUUCUCUUACCUGGAGCUAGAAUUUUCACCAUAUGUACGCAAAAAGAAAGCUUUUAAGAGAAUUUAUUAAAUUUACAAUGGACAGCGUAAAGCACCAUUCAUUCUUUGAACAGUAUAUAACUACAUUAAACUUAAAUAAGUGUCCAAUUCCGAAACAACCUGUUCCUGAUCUUGAGCAAACUGCAGAACGUUAUUUAAGAUCUGUAAAGCCAUUAUUGACUGAUGACGAAUAUAAAAAUACGAAGAAGAUUGUUGAUGAUUUUAUAAGUCAUACGAGUGCAGGAUCACAAUUACACACUAAAUUACGUGAAAGAUAUCAAAACACUGAUAAUUGGAUGAAAGAUUGGUGGCUGGAAGUUGUAUACCUAGGAUAUCGUAUGCCCGUGAUCGUGCAUUCCAGUCCUGGAAUUAUUGGGCCUCCAAUUAUUUUCCAGCAACCAGAUGACGUAUAUGUGUACGCAGCCCGUCUCAUUGCUGGAGUAUGUGAUUACAAUGAAAUGGUCAAGAAUGGAAAAUUGAAACAAGAAAUGACUCGCAACGACCCACUCGACAUGCAGCUUUAUGCUAUGAUACUUGGCACACACAGGAAACCAGGUGAAAUAGUUGAUAAACUGUUGCACACAGAUGAGGCAACACACAUAAUAAUCAUAUGCAAUAAUAAUUUCUUUAAACUUUACGUUGUCGAUAAAAACGGCAUUUUAAGCGAGGGUAAGCUUGUGGCUGCCAUAAAAGAUAUUGCAAAUCGCUCGUGUAUCCAGGGAAAACCUAUAGGAAUUUUAACUGGGAACGACAGAGACACUUGGGUGAAAGACUACAACUUACUUUUAGAACUGGGUAACAAUAGAAAUAUAAUAAAGGAUAUAGAAACUUCUUUGUUUAUAUUGUGUCUCGAUAAGGAUAUACCUAAAGAUGCUUUUAAGGAAAAAAAUAAUGCCUCGGUCAGAGCGAUUCAAGCAUUGACAGGCUAUAAUAGUUGCACAAACGCUGGUAACAGAUGGCACGACCAUACCGUGCAAUAUAUAGUAUCCACUGAUGGUUUUAUGGGCAUGGGAUUCGAACACAGUCCAUGCGAGGGAAUUCCUUUUGCUGCUCUUCAGGAUCACGUAUUAAAAUAUAUAGCAGAAAAAAAAAAUAACGCAAAGAAUGUAAAAUCCAAAGAUUCCCCGAGACCAGAACUUUUGAAGUUCGAAACAAAUGACGCUAUAGAUUAUGCGAUCAAGAUAGCUACUGAUACAGUAGAUAAGAUUUCAAACGACAUAGACAUGGAAUGUUUUACAUUCGAUAAAUUCGGCACAGACGUCAUAAAAGCGAUUAAACUGAGUCCCGACAGUUUUAUUCAGAUCGCGAUGCAAGUGACAUUUUAUAAUUUGCAUAGAAAGAUACCGGCUCAAUACGAAAGUGCGGCAUUACGACGAUUCAUAAAUGCCAGAACUGAAUGCAUCAGGUCCACUAGCAUUGAAUCGGUCGAGUUCGUUAAAGCUAUGCAUCUCGCGGAUUGCGAGAACAAACAGCAAAAGAAGAAAUUGUUGAUCAAAGCUAUAAAUGCUCAUAAAAAACUUGCCGAGCAAGCUAUAACUGGUCAAGGCGUCGAUAGACAUUUGUUCGGCUUAAGGAUGAUCGCAAAAAGUGAAGGGAUGGAGCUCCCAGAAUUAUACAAAGAUGUUGGUUAUACUAGAAGUACACAUUUCAAUGUAACAUCAAGUCAGUUGCCGUUUAAGACAGCGUCUUUUGCUUGCUACGGACCAGUAGUUUCCGAUGGUUAUGGUUGCUGCUACAAUCCACGACCGAAGGAUAUUCUAUUCGCUAUUUCGUCAUUUAAAUCGUGCAGCGAGACUAACACGAGGGACUUUGCUCGUAUUUUACAGCAGACACUGAUCGGCAUGCGAGAUAUAGGAAGUGAUUGAAAGUGCAAGAACUUCAUUUUUAUUGCGACGGAGAAAUUGUUGAUUGGUACUUAUAUCCCAGCUAUAGCCAGGCCUGUUAAAAUCACAUAUCUUGAAAGCUUUACAGUAAGGAUUGUUUCAAUUUUGACAACAAUUUUAU